AUGCCAAAACAAAGCAAGAAGAGAAAACACGAAGAAACAUCAGAUCAACAACUUGCAAAUGUUGAUGAACAUGUUGAUGAAAAUAUUGAUGGUACUUUAUUUAAUGAAAUGACCAAUGUCAAUGAUCAAUUACUGUCACUUUCUAAAAAGGUGAAAUUAGUUGGUCAUCAUUAUUUUGUAAAUAAUAAUUGUAUGAUUGAUGAAUUUGUUGGUAAUAUUAACGAAUUCUUGAAGGAGUUGGAUGUGCAUAGAAGAAGAGUUUCGUCCGAUCAAUUAAAUUCGGAUAAUUUAUUUCACAUUUAUCAAUUCUUGGAUAUACCAGUUCUGAUGAAUUCCUGUCAAUUGGUAUCCAAGAUGUGGAGAGAAACCUUGAAAAGACUUAGUUUUAAAGUGAGAUUAGGUACUGCAAGUUAUAGUAGACGAAAGUCAGUCAAAGUUGGAAAGGAAGAGAUUACCAGUUUGUUAGAUGGACCAUUUAUCAAGAAUGUCACUUCAUUAUCAUUGUUUUCUGCUGGUGUUGAUACAUUUCAAGUACUUUCUAAUUGUAAAAAGUUGGAGAAUUUGACAAAAUUGAAUUUAGCAUCCAAUAAUAUGGGAAUUCAAAGUGUGAAGAAUUUAAAGAAAUGUUCAAUGAAGAAUUUGACAAAAUUAAACUUGGCCAAUGUGAAAAAGUUUACAGAAAAGGAGGCAAAGGAAUUACUCAAUAGCAGUUUCAUGUCCAGUGUUAAAAAAUUAGACUUGACAAGCCACGACUUUCCAAAAUCAUUUUUGCAAAUCAUUUCAGAAUCCAAAUAUUUGAAUCAACUCACUCAUUUAGAAUUAGCACAACAUUCUCAAUCUGGAAAUGAAGACUAUGGACUAACCGAAUUGUUGAAAGAUAAGGUCAAUCUCGAAUAUUUGGGUAUUAGAAAUCAUAGAUUGACUCUUUACCCAAACUUUUGGACAAGUUUAACCAAUAUUACUAGACUUGAUCUUUCCUAUUGUUCCAUGCCAAAUAGUGAAUUUGUAAAUUUGAUUGUUUCUCCAAGUUUACCAAAACUCACAACACUCAAAGCUGAAAACUUUAAUUGGGGAAAUGCAAACAUUUUUGGAGGUCCUACUGCACACUACAGACAAGAAAAUUCAGAGGUUGUACAAUGUCCACCAAACUCUCAAAGCUCACUCACUGAUUUGAAUUUGAAAAGUACCUACAUUUCAACCUUUCCUUCACUCUCUUAUCAUUGCCCAAAUCUAAAGAGGCUCACUAUCUCUCAUUCAAGUGCUAGAUAUUGUGAAAACAAGAACUUAUUGAAGAGUUCCUAUGAAACCUUUUUGAGUGCUCCUACCUUAUCUAACUUGGAAUAUUUGGAUAUUUCUGAUUUGGCUUGUUUAGAAUCUUUAUUCGAAAUCAUUUUCGAUUCACCAGUCUUUUCCAAUUUGAAGGAAUUAAUUUGUCAAUGUUGCAAUAUGGAUGGCAUCAAUUUGUAUGAAAACCUUGUUUCCAAGUGUACCAAUUUGGUAAAUUUGAGAAAAAUUGAUGCACAUUCCGUUUCUGCAUCAAAAGCAUGUGUGAAAGCUUUGCAAACAAAUCCAACUUUUGCCAAAUUAAGGAAGGUUAGCAUCAACUCGUAUGGUAAAAUGGAAGAAUUAUUAAGUUAUUGGAAUAAAUAA